GAACGUGCCACCGGUGGAUACCUGCAGAACCCCAGCGGCAGCGCCUCCUUCACCUACUACAGCGGCUGCUCCUCCCCCGCCUGCGGGGUCACCGCCUCUGGGUACACAGCAGCCAUGUCCCAGCUCUCGUUUGGCGCCGCGAGCGGGGCAGGGGCUGGUGACGCCUGCGGCCGGUGUUUCUCCCUCACGGGCACGGCGGACCCCUACAGUCCGAGCUAUACAGGACCGUUCAAGACUGUCGUUGUUAAACUUACGGAUCUGUGUCCUGCGCCUGAGAACCAGGUGUGGUGUGGUCAGACCCAGGCGAACCCUGAGAACCAGUACGGUGCUCCGGUGCACUUUGAUCUUUGCCAGGAUACGGGCGCGAGCAUGGCGUUCUUCCCUUCAGGCCAUGGGGCGCUCACGGGCACAUACACCGAAGUGUCUUGCUCGCAGUGGAGCGGAACAGACGGGAACCCGCUAUGGACGGGCGCUUGUAUUAGUGGGCAAACGACGGGUAACUGGCCUAGCACGGCGUGUGGGAACAAGGGU